AUGGCCGAACAGGCUGCUAGAGGAAACCAACCUGUAAGGGAACACAAACCCUCACGCCUUCGUCAUGAAGUUCGAGUGACUCCAAAUGGCGAUGAGAGGGAAGAUCAGAGUCACCUUGGUCCAAUGCCUCACAGCGAUACCGUGGUCCCCGAGACACAGCUUGAUGACACCAGAUGCCUUGACGACAAUAUACAUAGCGAUGAAAACGAGUCGGACUGUGAUCAGAAUCUCAUGAGUCCGAAUUCACGCGCCACUUUGAAGGGUUUUGUGGUGACUCCAAAGGCGAACCCGAUUGACACUGACCCAUGCAUCUUCAAGUCCUUAACCAAGGAACUUCCAGGACUUGAUGGCGGCUCGGCUCCCUCCUUCUCAAAGCCGCAUUAUAUUCGAAGAUCUAUGCAGAUGCCAAAGACAAUCACUACACAAGGUGGGCUUGCUGGACCGCAGUCUGCUACUACCACAUUGGCAUCAUUCCAAGAUCAAGCGAGGCGCAAAAUGGGACUCAAUGUGCUUGUUGCCGCUACCAACCCCACGAGCAUCUCAGUUCGAGGCUUGCCACACAGCACACAGGAUGCGCAGUAUCGUACACGCGUGCAAGAACCCGAAGCAUCCAAUGCAUUUUCUCGACUCCCAACGAACGACCGACACGACGAAAAGGCUGGUCAUUUCGGUCCGAUGCAGUCUGGCAUAGGACCUGGACUUCCACUGCCAGAGCGUGCCAUCGAACGAAACAACAGGACAAAAAAGAGUGGCACAGCCAACAAAGAUGGGGACAAUGGCAGGGAUCUACCAUCUCAGCAGCACGGUGGACCGUUGAAUCACCAGCCAACCAAUGUCGCUGGUCCUAUCCAACACUUUGGCGAUAUCAAUGAAACUGUACGCGAAAUAAUCCCCGAUCCGCAGAUCUUGCCUUCUGUUGAGGUACAUAACGACCAGCCACGCGUCACUCCCGAGAACAAUAUGACGUCGGCUUUCGCUACCCAUGAUCCCAAAGAAAUCAGCUUAGGUUACCAGGUGCAUGAGUACCAAGCCCAGGAACAAAAUCAUGCUGAGCGUCAGACGAAAUCAUACAGAAGCACCCAGGAGAUAUCCAAAACAACAUCAGCUGGUCUGUUGAAUAAACCUUCGCAGCGGGCAUCUUCAAUGUCUACUUUGAAAUCCGCAUCUGUUGCUACUGAGCAGCCGCUUGACUUCAAUUCAGAGCAGCAGUGCUUGCGAGUGGAAUACAGCCAAGACAUGAUUCCUCGCCGCGAGCAGAACAGUCUUCAACACCCAGCCACGAUUUCCCCAAAGGAGCCGCAUGAUGGAAAUUUGCCAUAUCCGAAUGGAACGCCAGGUGACGAAUAUGCAUUUAGAGGGCAGUCACUUUCGUCAAAUACACAUGCGACCUCCGCACGGCCCGAGGCACGAAUCAAGAAACCCGAGGAGAUAUUGCAUCGAGUAUCAGGCCAUGCAGGGCCCAAUCGCGUAGUCAAGCCACCAAGAAACUCACGGGCAGAAAGCAAAUCUGCUCCGCAAAGGUUCCACGCGUCAUACAUGUCACCUAAUGUCAAAAGCUCGGUUGAAAGCCUGCUCCUAGCGUUAGAAGCAGACAGUUUUCGGAGAGAUCAUGAACACGACAAAGAGUCUGAACAUCAAAAGGAAAAAGUUUCUAUACUCUGUGAGCAGCUGGAUUUCCAAAAGAUGAUUAUUGAAGACUGCAAAGAUCAGCGAGAAAAACUGCAGAAUGCACUGAAAGGUGUGACCGACAAAGCCAAAACUAACCAGAAUUACUUGGAAGGUCUUCACAAGGACUAUGAAAAUUUGCGCAAGUCAAUGUUAUCGACCAAGGAGAAAGACAAAAAGGCACUCAGAGCAACUAUUGCUGAAUUUGAGGACGAAAAGCAAAAGCUGAGGCAUGAAUUCGAAGAUGCCGCGACCAAACUCCUCGAAGGCCAGAGGAAAACGAAGGCAGUCGCGGAGGACCUGUUUUCACAGUUGGAAGUAGCUAACGCAGCAAAGAAAAGCCUGAUGGAGAGACUGAAUCAACUGGAAGCUGCGUACGCAAGAGAGCAGAAAAAACGCGAAGAUGCUGAGAGCAAACUCCUGAGUGAGUUUCACCAUUUGCAACGUCAAGCCAAUGACGAUUCAACGACUGUUAUCAAUAUGCUGGAGUUGCUACACACUUCAAUCGAGAAGGCUGCUACGGGCGACUGUCCGGAUAGCAAGAUCAAAGAGAGUCUUGAUAUUCUGAAGAGCUUACAGAAAACACCUCCCUUGAAGAUACAGGAUGUCCAGAAGGUAGAGGGAAUGGCAAUUAUGAGCUCUGUACCAUCAACUGCAGAUCUCCAGGCGUGCAUACAGCAACAACUACAAGAUUUGCGCAACAAAAUGAUGAAUUAUGAAAUCAUUGUUGCGGAGAAUUGCAAGAUGAAAGAAUCGAGCAGUGCUCUUACAAUGCAACUAGAGGGCCAGAAACAGGAAUGUUGUCGUCUCAAUGAGCAAACGGAACGCCUACGACAAAUUGAGGUUGAUUUGAAGGUCCGCUGCAGCGAACUGGAGCGGGAUCUGAACGAUUUGAGAGCUGCAGCUCACUCUUCUCAAACCGACAUUUCAGAAUUGGAAAGGACUAACACUGAUCUACGCCGAAAGCUGAAGGAAACUGAAAAUGACCUAAAGGCAGCUAAUGUGAAGAUCAGCAAGGCUGAAGAGUCGCGAAAAGCCUCAGAGAAAGAAGCAGCAGAACACAAGCAUCGUUACGAGGUAUCUCAGAAGCAGCUGGAGAGCAUAGUUCAAAAACAAGCAGACGAGAAGCGAAACACCGCGACGAUUCAUGAGACACUUUCGGAAGAAUACAUAGUGAAGCUAGGCGAAAAGGAAAAAGAGUUCAAGAGCCAAUUAGAUCGAAUCAAGCUCGAACGCAACGAGAAGGUCAUAGCCAUCCAACAACUGAAUGAAGACCUGGCUAUUGCAAACGACCAGCUGGAUCAGCUCAGGAAGAAGACCAAAGAUCAGCAAGAUUCGCACGAUGCACUCCAAGCACAAGCAUUGCAGCAGCACACUACGAUGUGCCAGGAAGCAGAUGAAAGAAUCUCUCAAUUAUGUCAAGAGGCCCAGAAUACCUUGCAAUCGACACAGGACAAGGUCGCGACUCUGGAGAGAGAGAACCAAACUCUACUCUCUAGACUCGAGAAAGCUCACACAAACGAAGAAACUAUGAAAAAAGUCGAGGUAUCACUGUCUGGAGAAAAGCAUCGCUUACAAGAGGAGAUGACCAAGUUGUCCUCUGCUAUCCAAGCCAAGGAUUUGGAAAUAUCUCAGAUCCGCGCAGAUGCCGACGACGAGAAUCGCAAAAUCAUCGCGCAGUAUGGGAAUGAUAUCGAAGACUACAAAAGCCGCUUAUCCGAGACAAGUGCAAAGCUGAAAGAGCUGGAAGUGAAGGCUAUACUGUGGGAAAAUCUGAACCAGGCCAAAAUUUCGGCGGCUCCAACGGUGGUUGAGUCUGAAUUACUGGAUGUUGAAGCUGAACGCCGCCAUGGACUUGAGAGAGCCAAAGACCAAGAUGCUUCAAGCAAACGGCACGAUAACCAUGAUACAAGUCAAAGUCUAUUCUCGUCCCAGCCUGAUCAAAAUGCUCGUGCGCCCAAAGCGCGAAAGAAAGUGAACCGCGAAAAUCAGUCCGUCAUCGAGGCUACCCAGACGCAAAUUGACGGUCUUCAGUUUCCUGGAUUGAUCCAUGACGAGCUCUCACAGACUCAGGUUGUUGAUCCGGAUUUAUUCGCGACCUUUCUCAGGGACCCACAUGAUGUUCCUCGCCUCCAAGAGGAUAGGGACUAUUUCUCGGCUUUGAACUAUACUUUUGACUCGGUUCCCGAAACCCAGGAUCCAGGAGCUUUACCACUGUCCCAACAAUUCUUCACAGAAAGGCUGGGUCAAGCUGCAGAAAAGGAUCCCGAGCGUAAUUCCUCAAGUUCUACUGAUUUCAGUACCGUUACAUCAAAAGAGCUGGCGCAAAUGCAGAAAGAGGUGGAACUGAAUUCAACAUCAAAAGUCCGUGGCCACGAAUGCGUGUCUGCAAAUGCUAAGCAAUCUUCCGUUACCAUGACACCCGGGCCUCUUCACGCAGACGGGAUUUCUGUGGGCAGCUCUUGUUCAUCUCAACACCAAGAGCGACCAAGAUCACAGGCUAACACGGCAUCUCGAAUGAUGCCUCCUCCUAGCAACAUUCCAAGCCAAUCCCAAAGUCCCGUUGCAUCUCGAGUGAUCAGGAUCAAGCUUCCAAGUAACCGUGAGAAGCUUGGUAGUAUCAUUCAGGGGUUUGAUAAAAGCGUUCCUUCAGAAAAGCGGAAACUUCCCACAAGUGAGACUAACAGACGUACGACCUCGAAGAAGCAGCGUAAACCGGUUUCGCCCAUGUCCGCUGUUCCCUCGCCUGGUUCACCAAAAUAUUCCCCGGGCCCAUCCACGGGAUUUAUUGCCGGAUCACGUUCAAGAGGAAGCGGUAAAUCGAAUGCGAAAAGUACCCCCACAAAACCGACCCGCGGAAGACCCCAAGGUAGCACCUCCAAAAUCCACUCUGGCGUUCCCACCCUUGUCUCAUCGGAUGCAACUUAUCCCUCUCUCCAACUACGCUUUUCACCAACGAAUUCUGCUUCCUCCAAGCGUCCCCUCUCUCGAGUCACACGAAGCAACAGCAGGAACGGUACUGCAUUUGGAGACGAUUUCAAUGACCGAUUCAAUGAAGAGCUAGGAGGAUUUCAUUGA